CAUUUAAUUUUUGUGUGUGCUAGAACGUACUUUUAGUAACUUGUAAACAUCGUCAAAAAGAUCAAAAUUCUAAGACUCAAAAUUCUCUAUAAUGAAAUAAUAAUAUAAAUGAAUCGAAUCAGUUAUAUUGGAAACUAGUAUUAGUGAAGUCGUUAGAAAAUAGUCAUUACAUAUAAAAUUCAACUUUACCUAGGUCGGUGACUAAUUCAAUAUUAACGUUAAUCGUCCCCGUGUUUAUGUUAAAAAUGUUGCGUGCUGAUGCUGAAGUUAAAUCAUUGGAUAAUUUGUUUAAAAAUAUAAAUUCCGUAAGUCUUGAUACAAUAUUAAAACUGCAAAAUGACAUUGUUCCGAACGACAUGACUUCAUUAGUGUUCUUAUUGUAUGAAGUUCCGGACACAGCGCUCCAACGAUUAAUUGUUUAUCAGAGAGUAUCAAAAGAUUUCGAGAGAAACAACAUGAACUUACUAUAUGAUUGGGCUCUUUAUGCGCAGUCUCGACCAACUUGGAGAUAUGAAUUCUUAGAAGCACUUUGUAUAUGCAGACUGUAUAAUGUUAUUAGAAAGCUUGGAUUCAAUGUUUCUAAUGUAAAGAAACACUAUCUACCGGAAAAUGUUUAUGUGAAUGUCUACAUUGAUCCAGUGAAAAAAGUUUUGUAUAAUCUUUGUGAAAGUAUGACAUCGGAGAAUUAUGCAAAAUUGAAAAGAACAUUAACCACAUAUAAAAUAGAUGUAUCUGAACAUGAAACAUGUGAAGCAGUAUUCUUAGAACUUAUGUGUCAGAAGUUUAUUAAACUGGGACAAUAUAAUAGGGAAACCAAAGCAUACACUGCAACAUAUGAUGUAGAAUUACUUAUAAAGAUUAUCAAACCCUUUGGAGCCCUUAGCAAGUUUGCUACAAUUUUAAGAGAAGUACAAAGCCAGAUCAAUACUCAGAAUAGUUCUGGUGAAUCAAAUGCUUCGGGCACUCCUGUAACUAAACAAAGUUUAAAUGAUUCAAAAAGCCAAAAUGAAAAUGUUAAAGAAAGCUUUGAUGAUAUAUUUAAGCUCCUCAAUGACUUACAUUUGGAAGAUGUACCCAUCCAGAAUUUGAAAUCAGAUACUACAAUAAUACAAAGAGAUGCAUAUAUUAUUAAAAAUAAAAACCGUCUUGGUAUUUGUUGUAUUAUCAACCAGGAAAAUUUUCAUCCUUCAAAACAUAGUAUCGACAGAAAAGAAAUACUAUAUCUUGAAGAUCGUUUAGGUUCCACAAAGGAUCUCUAUUGUUUAGAAAGGACUAUGUCCUCAUUGAAAUUUGAAGUAAAGAGUAAAUCUAAUUUGGAUCAUAUAGAAUUCAUAAAAUUUAUCAAAGAUGUCAUACAAAAUGAUGUUAAGCCUGAAGAUAGUGUUUUUAUGCUUUGUAUUUUAUCACAUGGAGUUAGAGGUCAUGUAUAUGCAGCCGAUUCAGUGAAAAUAAAUGUAGAUGAUAUUAAAAACAUGUUAGACUCUGAUGAUGCUAAAAACCUUCACGGUGUACCUAAAGUAUUGAUACUUCAAGCCUGCCAAGUGGAAGAAGACCCAGAAGUGAGCAACAAAUUAGUUGCAGAUGGGCCAAACGCAAACUACUAUUUGAGGAAGUCACACUUUCUUAUUUGUUGGGCUACUGCUCCAGAAUAUGAAGCAUACAGAAUUAUAGAUAAAGGAUCUUUGUUUAUUCAAUGCUUAUGUGCUAAGAUGAAGAAAGAAAGAAAUGAACAUUUAUAUGACAUAUUUACUAAAGUAACAAACACAGUUACCUCUCUAUGUACAAAGCUCCACAAGGCUCAAGUACCAAUAUGUGAAUCUACUUUAGUCAAAAAGUUAUAUAUUCAUGAUAGAUUUCCUGAAAAGUAAAAAUUAUAUCUAAAUGGAUAUUAAUUAGUACUACAAUGUAAUACUUAACAUAGUUUUUUUUCAAUCUGCUAGUGUUAAGUUCAUCAAUCAAGUUGAAUUGUGCUUAUUGAAAUUAGAGCCUCCAUCAUUUCUUAAGACAUUCAACAAACAAAUAAAUAGUUUCAUAAAUAAACAAAUCUAUAGUUUCAUAUGUUUGAUUCUAUACCAGCAGUUUCAUUUUAAAUUAUUCAAAUUGAACCUAUCACUUAGAAGGUGUGACGGGUAUUACAAAAAGCAAAAAAAUGUGAAUAAUAUGGACAUAAAACUUGACCUGGUGGUGCUGCAAUUAGUUUCUAGGUUUUUUUAAGAUAUAUUAUAACCGAUUUGGUGCAGCCAAAGUUGUGCAAGUCAGCUAAUCUUCAAUAAAUCUUCAAUGCAGUUUUUGGUUCACAAAUAAAAACCGUUUGGAUUAUAUCUACUGGGAUUAUGCAAAACUAUGCUCAUGUUGAGUGAAAUUAAGCUGAUAUUUUAUAUUUAAAUUUUCAUGAGGUAAUUU